GGUUUGCGCGCCUCCACCUUCGUACGCCGCGUAAAGAUUUACGUGAACUUCGGAAACUUUUGAAUCACGACGAAUUCUUCUGAAACUUCAGUGAAAGUGAUUCUUCGUUAAUUAACCGACUCUAUAAAGUAUUUUGACACAUAUUCUAACGCGAAAUUGGACGUUUUAAUAAAACUGGUGACAUUUGUUUAGAAAACGCGCUCGCUAAGCGGUCAUCAUUUCGCAGAAAUUUGGGUGCUGCACUACUCUAUUGCUUCAGUGCGAACGGGUGGGCUGUACGGUGGCGACGGUGGCGUGGGCCAUGCGCGCGCGCAGCUAAGCGCUCGCCGACCCCCGAGAAUGAGCGUGCGCUUGCGGGCAGUGCGCCUGCGCAACGCCGCUCGACCGCGCGCACCAUGCUCAACAUGAAGCUAAAAGAGCGCCUCGCGCUAGCUCUCAGCGCCUUCCUCGUUCUCUUCACACUGAUGCUCGUAGUCGACCUACAGAUGGACUAUGGAAUAUCCGGACACAGAAUCCCGUUGCAUGGGAGGGUCAAAAUCGGAGACGACACGGACAAAGGACGAUCUGCGUACAUUGAAUUUCGAAAAAGGUUCCUUCAGAAAAGCAAUGGCAGCAAUGGCUCAAGAGAAUACGAGCAGUCAGCUCCGAGUGAAACCAGUGGUAGUGAGGCUGAACCUAGAACACCUGCAACCCCUACUGAUCAUUUCGAGGACUUACAAAGGAUACUUGCACUCCAGCUGCAAGGAAAAGCUGACGAUAAUCCUGUCGUAGUACCCCCGCAUCGAGACUUAAACGUCUUGAGACCGGAAAAUCCUACAAUCGGUGAAAUGGAGGACUUAGAACCUAGUGUAAAUGCAUCAAAUCUGGAGAAGUUCCAGCUGAAAAUAGCUCAACACGAGCUGUAUGAAGAUGGGGAGCUUCUAGUUGGAGCUGUACUCCAUGACAUGGCCACUGCACCUAUAUUACACGUAGAGCAGAAAGAAGGAGGCACUCAAUUGAAGCUCAUUAUCGACUACCCAAACGGUGUUCAAGCUUUGUUCAAGCCAAUGAGAUUUGCGAGGGAUGUACAAACAUUGCCGAACCACUUCUAUUUUUCGGAUUACGAGCGGCAUAAUGCUGAAAUUGCAGCGUUCCAUCUCGACAGGAUACUGGGCUUCCGUCGAGCGAUGCCGGUCGUGGGCCGGGUCGUGAAUAUGACUACCGAGAUCUACGACGUCACUGAGGGCGACAUCUUGAAGACGUUCUUCGUAUCGCCAGCAAACAACUUCUGCUUCCACGGCAAAUGCUCGUACUACUGUGAUACUGGACACGCAAUUUGUGGCAGCCCUGACAUGCUGGAGGGAAGUUUUGCCGCAUUCUUGCCGACCGCAGAUUUGGCUGAGCGUAAGGUGUGGAGACAUCCCUGGAGACGGUCGUAUCACAAAAGAAGAAAAGCUCAGUGGGAGCUACAAUCUGAUUAUUGUGACACGGUACGCACUACCCCACCCUAUGAUUCGGGUCGUCGUUUGCUGGACCUGAUGGAUAUGUCUAUAUUUGAUUUUCUUACUGGAAACAUGGAUAGGCAUCAUUAUGAGACGUUCAAAAUGUUCGGCAACGAUACAUUCACAUUGCACUUGGAUCAAGGACGCGCUUUUGGAAAAGCCUUUCACGAUGAAUUGAGUAUACUUGCGCCAUUGCUACAAUGUUGUCUUGUAAGGCACACUACGCUGGCCGUAUUAUUAAAGUUCCACAACGGUGUUCCUCUUUCGAAAGUUCUACAGGAAUCACUGAAAUAUGAUCCCGUGGCCCCCAUCCUCUGGGAGCCGCAUCUUUCAGCAAUAGACAGACGAAUAGUUACAGUGUUGGACGCCAUUAGAAAAUGUAUAGAGAAAUCAGAAACCCCAUUGCAAAAUGAGGUAAAUGAUUUUAUAUGACCGUAAAUCGUGAUUGAACUUUUUGAGGAUCGAAAUAUUGAAGAACGUGAUAACAAUGUGAUAUGCAGUGUUAUGGGGUGUCCUAGAAUAAGGGAAGGUGCAAUUUGUAAUCAUGACUUACUAGUCCAACUCUCUUGUAUUCCUGCCUUAGAUAAGAGAGAUGUAAAUGCAACGGUUGCAGGUCUUUGGUUCAGAAAGACUAUUAGAAUUAAGAUUUUGUGCCAAAGAUUGUCCAAAUGAAAUCUUGAAAUGUAUUCAGCAAUUAUAACCAUUCCACUGAAUUAUAUCGAGCCAUGAUGUAUGCCAAAAAAAAGUAAAAAAAAAUGUUUGUACAAAUCAGUUAAACCGUCAGUAUAACAGAUUAAGUGUGUGCUUAUUCGUAAGUUUAGUUUUAAUUUAUUUUGUGUAUAUUUUGAAAGUCUCAUGUAGCAAUCAGAUUACUUGGCUUAUUAAGUCUUGGCUUUGUUUCAGCAGCAGAAAUGCGUUUGUUUCUGAUUAAAUAUUAUAUCUGCUGUUGCUUAUGUCAAUUAUCUUUAACUUGUUGCCUUAGCUGGACUAAGAGGCAUUGUAUUUUAGAAAUCGUGGGCUUAUAUUAAAAACACGCACUGUUUGUAAAAGUAAUAGUACUCUUAAUAAAUGACCAGUACAUUUGUGAACUUUGUGAUUUGUCCUAUUAACUGCAGUUUUAGAAUUUUCUCGAUCAGUAUUUGAAACAAUCGAGAUUCUUUAGGUUUUAUUUUAGGGUUUUGUUACACAAGGCCUUUUAAGUGACUUACAGUCUUUUCAACAUGUAUGGCGUCAAAAGUUUCUUGCAAUGUUCCUGCUGUACUAAUAAUAAUCAUUGUUUAUUAAGGUACAAUAAAGUCGGUAUCCCCUUGAUAUGUAGUGAUAAUUUUUGUAUUCGUUCUGUCAGAACAAUAAAGUCAUAAGAUUUUUCUUGUUUAUGUAAUAUUAUAAAGGAUUUUUCAGUAAGAUUGCUUACAUUAAAU